GCGCGCCCCCCGCCCGCCGCAGCGCCUCCGCAAUGGCCGAGCCGGGCCGUCGGACGCCGCCCGGAGCCCGCAGCCCGCGGGGAGCCUCGGUGAUGGAGAAAAUGUAGCAGAUCCACGGUGAGGCGCUACCUGCCCAAGCGUGGUGCGGACAGACCAGCCUAGACGAGCGGCCCUCCCCGGGCCCCCCGUGGGCCACCCUCACCAUGUCCAAGAAGGGCACGGGCGGCCGAGGCAAGGGGGACAAGGCGGAGGCCUUCGCUGCACUGCAGGCUGCCAAUGAGGAGCUUCGGGCCAAGCUCACCGACAUCCAGAUUGAGCUGCAGCAGGAGAAGAGCAAGGUGAGCAGGGUGGAGAGGGAGAAGAACCAGGAGCUGAGGCAGGUGCGGGAGCACGAGCAGCACAAGAGCGCCGUCCUGCUCACCGAGCUGAAGACGAAGCUGCACGAGGAAAAGACGAAGGAGCUCCAGGCCGUGCGGGAGGUGCUGCUGCGGCAGCACGAGGCCGAGCUGCUCAGGGUCAUCAAGAUCAAGGACAACGAGAACCAGCGGCUGCAGGCGCUGCUGCACGCGCUCCGCGACGGCGCCCCCGACAAGGUCAAGACCGUGCUGCUGUCUGAGGCCAAGGAGGAGGCCAAGAAGGGGUUCGAGGUGGAGAAGAUCAAAAUGCAGCAGGAGAUCUCUGAGCUCAAGGGGGCCAAGAGGCAGGUGGAGGAGGCGCUGACCAUCGUGAUCCAGGCCGACAAGAUCAAGGCCGCGGAAAUCAGGAGCGUGUAUCACCUCCACCAGGAGGAGAUCUCCCGCAUCAAGAAGGAGUGUGAGCGGGAGAUCCGCAGGCUGAUGGAGGAGAUAAAAUUUAAAGACAGAGCAGUCUUCGUGCUGGAGAGAGAGUUAGGGGUUCAAGCCGGGCAUGCUCAGAGACUGCAGCUCCAAAAAGAGGCUUUAGAUGAGCAGCUGUCCCAGGUCAAAGAGGCUGAUCGGCACCUGGGCAGCCCCAGGCGGGAACUUCCUUACGCAGGCGGUGCAGGAGACGCCUCAGACCACUCGGGAAGCCCUGAACAGCAGUUGGAUGAAAAGGACGCUCGGCGCUUCCAACUUAAAAUUGCAGAGCUGAGCGCGAUCAUUCGGAAGCUGGAGGACCGAAAUGCCUUGCUGUCGGAAGAAAGGAAUGAGCUGUUAAAGCGCUUACGAGAAGCUGAGAGUCAAUACAAACCGUUGUUGGAUAAAAACAAGCGUCUCACUCGGAAGAAUGAAGAUCUGUCCCACACUUUGCGUCGGAUGGAAAACAAGCUAAAAUUUGUCACGCAGGAGAACAUAGAAAUGAGACAAAGAGCCGGGAUCAUAAGGAGACCCAGCUCCUUAAACGACCUGGAUCAAAGUCAAGACGAAAGAGAAGUUGACUUCUUGAAACUUCAAAUUGUGGAGCAGCAGAACCUCAUAGACGAGCUUUCUAAGACCCUCGAAACCGCCGGCUACGUGAAGAGUGUGCUGGAGCGAGAUAAGCUUUUAAGAUUUCGAAAGCAAAGAAAGAAAAUGGCGAAACUCCCCAAGAAGCCGGUUGUGGUGGAGACGUUCUUUGGAUACGACGAAGAGGCCUCCCUGGAAUCUGAUGGCUCCUCUGUCUCUUACCAAACGGACAGGACGGACCAGACCCCUUGCACCCCCGACGAUGACCUGGAUGAGGGCGUGGCCAAGGAGGAGACGGAGCUGAGGUUCCGGCAGCUGACCAUGGAGUACCAGGCCCUGCAGCGAGCCUACGCCUUGCUGCAGGAGCAGGUCGGAGGGACGCUGGACGCAGAGCGAGAAGUUAAGACCCGUGAGCAGCUCCAAGCAGAGGUGCAGAGGGCCCAGACGCGGAUAGAGGAUCUCGAGCAGACCCUGGCUGAGCAGGGACAGGACAUGAAGUGGAUUGAAGAGAAGCAAGCUUUGUAUCGAAGGAACCAAGAGCUCGUGGAGAAGAUCAAGCAAAUGGAGACGGAGGAGGGUCGGUUAAGACACGAGGUCCAGGAUGCAAGAGACCAGAACGAGCUGCUAGAGUUCCGGAUCCUGGAGCUGGAGGAAAGGGAGAGGAAGUCGCCCGCCAUCAACCUCCACCACACCCCGUUCGCGGAAGGAAAGAGCCCCCUCCAGGCCUACUGCGAAGCGGAAGGCGUGACGGACAUCCUGGUCGCGGAGCUGAUGAAGCAGCUGGACAUCCUGGGGGAUAACGCCGUAAGUAAUCUGACCAACGAGGAGCAAGUGGUCGUCAUACAAGCUAGGACGGUCCUGACCUUGGCCGAAAAGUGGCUCCAGCAGAUCGAAGAGACGGAGUCAGCCCUGCACCGAAAAAUGGUUGACCUGGAGAGCGAGAAGGAGCUGUUCAGUAAGCAGAAGGGUUACCUGGAUGAGGAGCUGGAUUACAGGAAGCAGUCCUUGGACCAGGCUCACAGGCACAUCCUGGAGCUGGAAGCCAUGCUAUACGACGCCUUGCAGCAGGAGGCCGGGGCCAAAGUGGCCGAGAUUCUGUCGCAGGAGGAGCGCGAGAAGCUCAAGGUGGCCGUGGAGCAGUGGAAGCGUCAGGUCAUGAGCGAGCUGCGCGAGCGUGACGCCCAGAUCCUGCGGGAGCGCAUGGAGUUGCUGCAGCUGGCACAGCAGAGGAUUAAAGAGUUAGAAGAGAGAAUAGAAGGUCAGAAGAGGCAGAUCAAGGAACUGGAGGAAAAGCUUUCAUUCUGUGGUCAUAGCUCGCCUGGGCCCCCUGAUGUGCCCCCGGAGGAGCCAGACCCCUUUCCUCCAGCUGGACCAGAGAGCAGCCGGUGCCCGGGCCGCCAGACAAGACGCCCUGUCUCGUCCCCGAAGACCCGCGAGGAUCUGGUCUCUGCGGACCCCGGCCCGUCGAGGAAGAGGGAGAAAGGGGCGCUCUGAGCACCUCUGCGUGGGCAGCUGUCCACUCUGUGAGCCAGAAUUAGAACUAGUCCUUUGACUGGGGCUCCUCUGGAAGAGGCCUGGUCUUGGCUGCUGGACCCUGGGGUCUCUCCUCGGGGCGCAGCCUCCCUAUCCCGGUGACAGGGAUGCACGAGUUCCCUGCUGAGCAGGUGCAGAGAGCUGCUUCUGUGCAGAAGCGUCCGGCGCCCCGCGCUCCCACCUCACGGCCCCUUAAUCGUGCGACACGCGUCUCAGAUGAACGGACACAGGCACCCCACCACGUGACACAAUGAAGCCCGCGGCCAAGAGGCGACCUUCAUUCGGGGAGGCCCCAGACGGGUCAAGGGGGAUGUUCCGAGGACGGUUUCCCCGUGCCAUGUCAGGUGGCCUAGGAGGACUCGCUUGCCGGGGUCCUGAGCACCUACUGGCUGACGCACCCCUGCCUGUCGCCCGUGGGAACAGCCGUGGCUGCCGCAUGCACCGUGCCAUGAACCCCCGGCCUCCUAGGCCUCCCUGAGCCUCGCAGAGGAGCGCGGUGGGACCGACCAGAGGGAGACUGAGGAGCGUGGUAGUGGGCGGUGGGACAGGAGAGGGCCCAGACCCACUGGAAAGGGGCCUGGCUUUCCUGGAACGCAGAACCCCAGACACUGCGGCCCCGGGCGCCAGGCGCCACCCCAGCCCGGAGGCCCCGGGCCAAGCGGGGCCGAAGCUGCGGUGCAGACCUCCGGCCUUCUCCCUCAAGGGCAGUGCCCACCGAGGGCAGCCAUGCACCCGUGGUCCCGCAGAUACGAGGAGGGAACCCGAAGCACAGGUGGUGAGCAGUGAGGAAACAGCACGUCGAGGAAGCUCCUUUGAAGCUUCCGUUCCUGCCUAGCGCUCUGGCCGCAGCCCAGGAACGUCUUCUAGCACUCGGAGCCAGCCCGACUCAUGGUGGAAGAGGCUCUUCCAUCGACCCCACACCCUCGCUGGCUUGAGGUUGUCGCUCCCAGGGCUGGAUUCACAAGGUGUGUGUGUGUGCGCGCGCGUGCAUGUGCGUGAGCCUCUGUGUGUGCGCACGUGCAUGCUCAACAAGGAGACAAGAUUUGGGCUCUUUUGAGGCACCUGGAAGUUUACGUGCUGCGUAGUGACAGCUGCAGCCCGGUGAGAGUGCGGCAAACACCGCGUAAAAGAAAAGCAGACUGUGUUUCCGCGGAGCGGAAGGGAGGGGUGACUGUGUUGUCUGCAAGUGUCAGGUUCAUCUCAUAUUUGCGUUGGAAGACGUGUCCAAGUCUGGCGCAGAUGACUGGCACCAGGCAGGGCUUGAUUCCCUGGGAGAAAUCGGGGGGAGGCUUACGGGAUCAGACAGAGACGCUCUUUAGUGGGUGCGGGGUUUCUGCUGGGCAGCGUACUAUUAGUCAGACUUGUCCCGGGACACCCGUCCUUCUGUUGUCAUUAACUCACGGUUACUUAUUCACUUGGACGAGAUCCAGGGUGAAUCCGCUGCUUCUCUGGCUGAGCCUGAUGUUGGGGUUUGAGGACCAAGUCUGAAAGCUUGUUUCAUUCUCCAUGACUAGUGUUGCCUCGUUCUAAUGGCCGCAUCCCCCGGAUACAUUUGAUGUGCCCAGAACCGAAUGGCAAACGGUAGUCUUGAGCUAAUAAACGCCCCUGUGGAGCCACGGAUGAACUCCCAGAUUGGGGCUGGGUGGAGGGUGUGACGCAGGCGUCCAGAAACUCUGUAGCGGCAAGCCCUGGGGGCGCUGCCGCCUCUGGUGCGGCCCCGCCCGCCCCAGUGGGUCCUGCCCUGGGACGGCAGCUGUGUGGGAUGGCCGUUCAGGAUCUAGCCACGUGCAGUUGAGACCCAACUUCGCUCGUGUUUAUUUGGAUCAUCCCGAUUUUGCAUUUGUCUGGAGCACUUCAUAUUCCCUCCGCACACGUGCCAGACGUUCUUAACCACGGCUUUGUAGUUUCAAAAAGGGCAAACUAGGCAGGACACAGAAGCACGUAGAUGCGUACCAAUGCCUAUGAAGUUGUUUACAUGUAAAAGGAUGUAGCGAAAAUGGCCCCGUGAAUGUUUUUAAUAAUAUCCCGUGUACCGAACCACAUUUGUAUCCUUGCCGUGUUCCUGAAAGUCCCCAUUGAGUCCCAAUGUUAGUUCUUCUCUUUAGGCGUCAUUGUUUUUGUUCGUGUAUCCUGGGCACCUUCUUUUCACCUGAUUACGAACUCCAGCAUUUCAGGACUGGGCUUUUGCCAACAACAGAAAACAGGCGGGGGGUUGGGGGAGGCAAAAGUGGAUAUGAGCAUCUGUCCCUGCUUCCCGCUAGUCCAGUGAGCAUCUGAAGAAUUCAGGCGUUUUAAAAUAAUGUGCUCUUUCUAAAUCCUAGAGGAUACCUUUUAUGCUAAACCAGUGGGCUGGAUUGAAUUUGCUGAAAGUAUCUGUGCCCUGUUGUCGCAAACCUCCUCAAACAGGAGAAGGGUGGGUGAAUGCCACUCUCUCGUGGAACAAGGGGAGGGGUCAGAAGUUGCCAGAAAUGUUUACUGUGCAACCAGGACGUGGACGUGCUGACAGUAUAACGGCAUCAACGCAAUCCCACUGUGUACACAACACCCAGAACCGCACAGAUGUUUUCGUUGGUCUAAACUGGAAGUCUACGUGAAUCGCAGCCCCCUGGCUGACACGGACGUGUGUGUGCACCUCAUUUCCACGGUCUAGAGUCCCGCUGCUGAAGGACUGUGCUCUUCCUUAAAGUGCUCUGCCCCUGCAGAACCUGUAGCCUACAGGACACCCCGCGUGCCUUACACGGCUGUGCAUACCACCCUGGUUGUCAGGAAGGAGGGUGUGUGGGAGUGGGUUUGGAGGCGCUGUGACAUCCGUCUACAUUUACCAUCACCCCAUCACUGAAACCUUAAGGUGGAUUGUGUGUUUUAACACAGAAAUGGAUUUAUAUUUAGGCUCAGGAAAAUCAAGUUGUAAAUAUAUGUAUCAAAUCAUAUAUUUGUUUACUGUAUUUUAAAAAGCUUUAUUGUACAUUUAUGCAAAAAUGAGUUCGGACUUGUUUUAUCAUGGCAUUAUGCCAGCCAGUAUGUGUUCUCUUACUAACCACAUUCUAAACACGAUAUUCUUCUGUUCAGUGCUAAACAGUAUUCACGGGCCUAAAGUAGGUGCCUAUGGUGGUCAAGUACAAAAUUUUACACUUAUUUUUGUAUUGUGAUUCCUAUGAUGUAUACCAGAGAAUUUUUACUCAUUUGUAAAUUAUUGUACAGUUUUAAUAAAAAAUGUUUUAAAUCUUA